AACGUGUAUUUAUGGGUUAGGCUUUUCUCUCAUGGCCGGUCUAGUCCUGACAACCUGUUUGUGUUUAUUUGUUCAUUAGAAAAUAAUAACGUUCUCAAAAAGAAGAUAUUUUAAAGACAAUGACGGAGAGGCUGCCAUUGAUUGUCUUCCUUACUUCACAUUUGUUUAUAUCUGGAGUGUUGUCAAUGAGUAUACUUACCAUCGAGAACAAAUGCAAUAACACAGUUUGGCCGGUAAUUUUCUCAUGGGAUUCACAUAUCUCCACCACCGGCUUCGCUCUUAGAAGCGGGGAAGCUCGUGCCCUACUCGCACCGUCUUCCUGGUACGGUCUUAUCUCCGCUAGGACGCUGUGCUCCAGCUCAACAGAAAAAUUCUCUUGCCUCACAGGAGACUGUGAAUCUGGAAAAAUCGAGUGUCCUGGUACAUACGAUUGGUCUCCAGUGACAUAUGCCUACUUUAUAAUCGAUAAAGGAGGAAUCGACAGCUACUUCAUCAGUGUCGCGCACGGUUACAACCUUCCGUUAAUGGUCAUCCCGUCGUCACAGAGUAGCCGCCGGACAUGUAUCAGCUCCGGUUGUGUGGUUGACUUGAACAAGACUUGUCCAAAUGAUUUAAAGACACUGGUCGAGGGAAAACCAAUCGCGUGCACUAGCGCGUGUCACAAAUCCAAGACAGAUGAGAACUGUUGCACCGGUGACUUUGAGUCAAAGCAAAAAUGCAAGCCGACAGUUUACACGCAGAACUUCGAGCGCGCUUGCCCAUCCGCGUCUAGCUACGCCUACGAAAAUAGUAACAACACCUUCGUAUGCCCUAACUCAACUGACUUCACCAUCAGGUUUUGCCCAUCCUCCAAUAUUCCAGAAAACACCAGAAGCUCCAUGGCUCCAUUACCAUUAGCAGGACCAAACCAUAAUUCUCUACCGAAGUUAAAACCCAUUUUUGGUACGACCGUCACUGCAACCACGUCUCUCUUGCUCAUUCAUAUCUUUAAAAAAAUUAAUUAGAAAUUAUGUACAAAUUCUUCGAUGGUAUUUACUUGUUCUUUCCCAGAAAGUUGUGUCUUGUCACCGAGUGAGUUACAAAAAAAAUAAAUAAUAACAUAAGUACUAACCCCAUAUA